UUUUCUAGCUUGCCGGGUAGUUUCUCUUAUUAGUCUGUGCUUGCCGGCUUGGAGCGUUUAGCUUGUUUUAUUUACUUUAAUCGAAAUAAUUACUACAAAAUUGAUCUAUAAAAGUGAGUUAAUCUUUAGCAGCAGUCACAGAAUCCUUUAAUCAAUAAAACAUAUGUCAAUGAGUUGCAGAUGUUAGCGGCCGAAGUAAAUAAUGACCGGACGAUUCUGGAUUACCUGAAUGAGUACUGCUGGCGCGCCGUGUUGCAGUACGUGCCCGCGCAGGACCUCGUACGGACAGAGCGCGCCAGCCGCCGGUGGCAGGCGGUGGUGCUGACCUACUUGCAAGGAGUCCAUAUAACCAUUGAGAAAUAUGAUUGGAAAAGGAAAAAAAACCCAUAUAACACCUGCACCUUAACACCAUCAAAUCAUAAAUAUAAAUAUAAGUCCUUUGAAAGUUGGACCAAGAAACUAGGCCUAUCAGUUACAUCCAUUUACUGCAACAGUUUGAAGAAUCUAGCAAUGAUCAAAGAAAACUGCCCCUACAUAGGAGCCCUUGAGUUGUUCCAUAUUGAAUGUACUGAAUCUGAACUGGGCCAGUACAAUCUACACGACAACUUCAAGUUCCUGCAGCGGGUGUCUUUCUAUGGGUGUUCUUUGGUAAAGCCUUAGAAAAAAUUGAAUUCCGCUACUGCCAUUAUUUGACUGGCCGUUGUUUCAGUAGUAUAAACACGACAAAUUUAAAAUCUCUUUUACUUCAAUCCUGUAAGAACUUGCAGUUCAUGGAAUAUUCAGCCGCUGAUCACCUCGGGAGUCUGACAGAGCUGAAAGUGACUCGAGGCAAGAUUGAGACAGGCUAUCAAGUUCAGUGUGAGUUGGAAAAGAUGGCUAAAUUGGAACGGUUGGAACUGCGGAGUGCAAACAUGCUCUUUUGUUUCCCUGAGAAAGUGGCCCAGCUGCCCAGGUUAGAGCACCUCGCUGUGUCAUUUAAACUGAAGCCUUGGGACUUGAAAAAGGUGCUGCGGGGCUGCGGGGCGCUGAGGUCUUUGGAGCUGUUGGACUGUAAUUACAAGUACGGGUUCGUAGAGGUGAUCAGUCAGCACGGCGGAGCGCUCACGGCGGUCAAGCUGGAUAUGUUCGUCGUGAAGGGCGAUGAUGUGCUGCAGCUCGUGCGUGGGUGCCCCAAGCUCGAGUUGUUGACCAUCGGAGGCGACACUGUGCUCACGCGGGAGCUCCAGGCGCGCGUGGCGGCGGAGCGCGCGGGGCGGGGGGCGCGCCCCCCAGCGGGGCGGGGGGCGUGCCCCCCAGCGGGGCGUGCCCCCCAGCGGGGCGCCUGCUGCUCCAGUAUUGCCGCCCCACUCUCCGGGACGUGUUGCAUUUUUUCUGUCAUAACGACAAAGAACGUAAGUUUGAGGACUCUGAGGAUUCUGACGAGGAGUUUCGAGUGGUUUAAGGGGGAAGGCGAGGAGAUUGAGUGGUCUGAGGAGGAAGGCGAGGAGGAUGAAUCAUUAUGAAGACCGAUACCACAGAUCACCUCGAAUGCAUACUAGAUGGUGUAAAACAACUCGCGGUCGCAUUCUAAGGGCGUCAUAUCGUCACCGAGUGACCACAAACCACAUACUUUAAAAAAAAUGAUUUAAAAAUAAAGGGCGUCCACGUCGCGUGCACGGCUGCACGGAGCGGGCGCACGCACGCGUGUGCGUGUGCGGGUAUUAUAAGUAAAUCCCAUCGCACGCGUCCGCGCCAGUUAGCAACGCUGACAACGCUCUCGUGCAACCGCGCCAACUAGCGGACGCCCUUACUGUAUCUGUCUACUAUUAUUUUUCUAUUUACUGUUCUGUUCUAUAUUACCUUUACUACUAAACCUCAUAAAGUUCAUUAGGCAUCAUCCAUUAAUUAGGUGCGUCAUACAAAAUUUCGAGUUUUUUGGACCCAGGUACUGUCACAUUUGGUAUGACCCCCCCUCCCCCUGUUGCUGUGACGUAAAUAUGUGGAUGACCCCUUAUAAGGUAGAGAGAACGUAUUUCUCAAUGAUUUUGCACUUUAUUUCUAUGUGGAAGGGUUCAUCUUUGCGUAAUUUCUGUAUACCCUAUAAUGCGGUGUAAUUGCCUAUGUGUCCAUGACUGAUAAGAGUGAUAAGUAUAAUAAUAAUAAGAAUAAAGUAGAUUGCCAAAUUUAAAAAUUUGCUGUGAUAGUUUAGUGACUGUUUAGCCAUAAAAUUGUUGUAAUUAAGAAAAUGUAUAGUGCGAUAUGAAAUUGUAAAAUAAGUGGCAACAUCGUAGUGUCGUCUAGUUUUCUUUAGAUUGAUUUGAAAGGGACGACACUACGAUGUUGCCACUUUUUAAUUUCUACAAUUUGUUGUCGCACUUAUAUGAGUAGGAGCAGAAAGAUUUCUUAUGAAGAAUAAUUAUGAAGACAAUUAUAACUUAUCGAAAAUAGUAUUGUAAGUAAAAUGUUAUUUUAGGUUAACUAGAACUUCUUAAGUCUGUUGCUAUACUGAAGACUGACCGUGGUGCCAUUAUAAUUAUUGUUCCCAUGUCUUUGUAAGUGUAGGUACCUGUGUGAUAUGAUUAAAUUGUUAUAAUACUUAUAAACCUAUUCCUGCCUAUUAUUGCCUAUUUCUGUGCCAUAUUUGUGUUCUGUGUUUUGUACAAUAAAGAGUUUAUACAUACAUACAUAAUUAAAGUUUCA